AUGUUAAUAAUCUUGAUUCUGAUUGAAUAUUGUUCAGAAGGGCUUGCAAAAGAAUUUUCUAUUUAUUAGAAUGAUGAAUAAGUGCUAGAUAGUUUUUCACAAUUUGGAAUAAUUUUGGGAUCAAAUAUAACAUAUGAAACUCAAACAGAAUAACCUUGCUACAUAAUAAAUUAAAAAUUAAAGAAUAAACAAUCAGAGGAAAUCAUUCUUGUACCUGAAUUCAAGGAAGAUGUAUUUCUUAAUUAUUAUAAUGAUGGCAAAUUGAGUGGAGAUAUAAAUUAUAUCAUAUAAGUUGUUCAAAUAUCAACUGGUGCAAUAGUUCUGAGUAAUAAAGGAGAGUUGAUUUAUUUAAAAUUAGUAGAGAAUUCUUUUAAAUUAGCUGACACAAAGAUGUUAUCUAUUAAUAAAGAAUAAUUGCUAAAACCUGUGUAUAUGUAAUUCAUCAUAAAUUCAAAUGAAUUAUUGAUUUUAUUGAAUGGUGAAACUUUGAAGAUAAAAUUGGAGUUUGAAGGUGAAUCAAUUUUUGGUGAAAUGAUGAAGAUAUAUGAUGUUUUUUUAACGGAAUAGAUAAAUAGUGUAGCAUUUAUAGAAGACUUAUUAUUUGUAGCAUCAGGUGAAUUAGGAUUACAUGUUUAUUAGGUAAGUAAACGAGUAUUUGAAUAGAUAUAAUGUACAAUUGAAUUUAAAAACAUCACAGACUUAAGAGUUUUUUAAGAAAAUUCAAUUUAUUUUAUUUUUGCACUUGAUUAUGAAAAAGGAAUUAAAGUAAUCACUUUCAAUGCUAAAACAUCUUUAUUUUAUGAAAAUCUUCAAUUAACAAAUAUUCCUUAUAGAGGAUAGAUUAUAGAUUUAUAUAAAAAUGUGUUAAUGGUUGUAGAAGAAAAAGAAAAUGAAUCAAUAAUUCAUGAAUUACAAAUUUCAUAUGAAAAUAAUACUUGGAAAUUAGUUCAUUAACAUUUAGCAUAGAAAUAUAUUUAAGAUAUUGAAAUGACUGAGAAUUAUGCUAUCAUUAUAGGUUAAAAUGGACACGAAAUAAUAUAUCAUUCUCUUCCCAUUUAUGAUAUUAAAAUUUAGGAUAAAAUAAUUAUACCUGGAUUAUAAAAACUCUUUUUUCUUAAUAAAGGAGAAUCUCAUAAUAUUUAGAUGUUUGGUGUAACUAAACAUAAAUUUUUCACAACAAAUUUAUAAUUGUUUCCUCAAUUCAUUAGUUGUUUUUAUAGCAAAAAUGAUGAAGAGAUAAAGUUUACGUAUCAUUAAAAUUCUACAAAAUGUCCUAACUCAACUUAAAUUAAGAUUUGCCAUUUCAAAUAAAAUUAUACAAUAAAAUUUGUACAUCCUAUUCUUACUUCUGAACAAUCAAUAUAUGUGUAUAUUACAUGUAUAGUUAUUGUAGCAAUCUUUAUGAUAGUUUUAGGCUUAUUGAUAAAAGAAUUCAAAAAGUACUAAUAUUUUGUAAAAUUUCACAACUCAAAAGAUUCAUAUCAUUAAUAAAGUGGAAGUUAAGUUCCACCUACUCUGGAUAUAUAUGCUUUAAAUUCAUUUGAUAGUCCAAUGAAAAUUAAUAAAUAAUCUUAUAUUCCUUCCAUUCCUGCAUAAAAUGACUAAAAGAUUGAAUGA